AGACAGGAGAUGAAAGAUACAUUCCCUGACUUAUGGACAGCCCUGCAACUGUUCAACAUUAAAAAAUGGUGACUGACCACAUGUAGAGCUGGAAAGAAUAAAAUAGUUAAUUAGUUAAUUGAUAAACAGAAAAUUGACACUGGCAACUAGUCAUUUUUCAUGCAAAAUGCUAAUUAUUCACUGGUCCCAGCUCCUCAAAUAUGAAUAUUUUUAAGCUUGUUGUUGUCAAAUGUGAUAGUAAGCUGAAUGUGUUUCUCUGAAAUUUUAAAUAAUGAAUGAUUAAUCACGUAAAUAAUCAACAUGAUCAAUUAAGGACUAAAACAACUGUUAGCUGCAGUCAGAUCAAAGAGGCAGCUGUCAAACUGCAGAAUCUAGAGGACUGCAGAGCUUUUCAUCUAUAGCCAUGAUAACAAGAUCAUCACCUCUCCAUUCACGUUUUUUCAUGCACAAUAACAUCACGUCAUUAACCAUACGUUUUAGUUUGAGGAUCAAAUACACACCAGUCUAGCAUGUAAAAACAUGAUGUGAAGAAGAUACGGAGCAUUGUGUGAAACUAGACUCUUUACACUAGAGGAGCAGUGAACUGGAUUUAGUAAAAGACGUUUGUGGGACGAGACUUAUCCAUAGAUGAACCUCAAGGUUAGAGGUGUGUAUCUAAAACUGUCAUGCAGAGCACCGCCAUGCAGCACUGCCGUCCUGUUGCUCCAAGGCCAGUGGGCCAGCCCUGAGAGGGAACACUGCUGCUCAGGCUCAUUCGGCUGGGUGGGCUGAAGUGGCUGAGGAUGCACCAAGGGAGCUGAGGAGGAGACUCUCGAGCCACAGCCUGACACACACAUCCAGAGCUGCUGCGCACUGCCCUCCAUCAGGUUUUCUUGCUUGGACGGUAGAUGAAGGGAAUUAGAGAGGCAGGCAGCAAAGAGCUCGGCAGUAGCUUACAGGUUGUGGUGCUGAAGUUGAGUGCUGCAGUGACUGGCAGGCGAGCAAGGAGUGCUGAGUGCUGCUGGCAUGCUGCUUUUCCCCUGCUGGGGGGACUCAAUAGUUGGCCUGGACCAUGAGCAAUGAGUCUACCGUCUGGAACAUCCUACCAGAAAACUCCACAGAGAUCCCGUUCGAGACCGAGGAGCAGCAAGAUGGCUAUGCACUCCUCCUGGUGAUCCUCUCCAUCUUCCUGGUAGGAACGCUGAUCUCAAUCACUGUCCUCCUCAUCGCCUGCCGUCGCUGCUGUCGAGGAGGGCAAUGCUGCGCCAGGGCCAGCGAUGACCCCGAGAAAACCAACACCACCUACGUGGAGGAGUCACAGCCUACCCAUGAAAUCACCAUCAGGGUGGAUGAGUCAGACUGCCUGUCAAUGGCCAGCUCUCACGACCAAGAGACGGAGCGCUUCCUCUCCACGGGCACCACGGGCCGCCGCGUCUCCUUCAAUGAGGCCGCGCUCUUCGAUCAUGGCAAGAAGGCCCAGGAGAAGGGCCGCAGGUACACUCUGACCGAGGGCGACUUCCACCACCUGAAGAACGCCCGGCUCACGCACCUCCACAUCCCUCCCCCAGCCCUCAAGAUAGUCACUAUCCAUGAGUGCGACUCGGCUGAGAACACCAUCACCAUGACAACGCGCCCUGUCGCUAAGUCAGCACUUUCCAUCUUCCAGCCAAUGCUGUGCCCCCUGCCACAAACAGCAUUGACCAGCCUGAGCGUCAAUCCCAGCUGUGCCCUCCCUGGAGAUGCUCUCAACUCAACUGUGGUGGACACCAGCUUCAGUGAAAACACUAUAACUCUCAGCACUAAGGAGCCCAGCUCCAGCUCUAUUGAGAUGAUGGGAGCGGGUCCCCGGGGCAGAGGCAGCAGCGUCAGUGUCGGAGAGGGGGCCGCGGCGGGGAGCGGGGCCUCUCCUGCUAGCAGCAGUGCAGGAAGCCAGGGGCCUGUGCUGCAGUUCUUCACUAAACUGCGGCGCCAUGCUAGUCUGGAAGGGGCCAGUCCCUACUUCAAGAUCAAGAAAUGGAAGCUGGACAGCAGCCAGAGAGCCUCAAGUCUGGACACCAGAGGCUCUCCAAAGAGGAGACAGUUCCAGCGCCAGCGAGCUGCCAGUGAGAGCAUGGACCAGGACGACAACGACGCGCACCACAUAGACCUCAUCCAGUACAUCGCCCGCACCCAGGACGUCCCCUACUGUCCCAGCCAGCCCACUACACGCCUCCUCUCUCCUCCGUCCACACCACCUCCCUCCCUCGGCAGGGUAGAGGUUGAGGUGUUAGUGGAGCCAAGUUGCAGCCAUAGUGGACCAGGGGUGAUUGGCCUAUCCCCUGAUCCCCAAGACGAAGCACUGUCCCUGGCAAGAAGGGAAUGUGUUGAUCCUUUGGACCCCCUAGAUCCCCAGGACCCCCAGUCACUUUACAGAGACAUCUGGUCGCUACGUGCAACACUGGAACACUACGCUGCCUCUGACCAGAGCAGCAACAAUGAUAGGAACUCCGUCUGCAGCGAUGCUGACAGUGUGUGUUCACUGGGCGGACGCACGGAGACGGAAAGAGGAGGGCUCCCUAGCUACCCAUCCCAGGAUUUAGGGGAUGAGACAGAGGCUGGAGAGGAUGAGAAAGACUUUUUGGUGUAUAUGGAUGAGAAGUUGGGGGCGAAGGAGGCAAAAAAGAGGAAACAGGAAAGCACAGAAUCAGAGCGAGGGGGCAGCGACGGAGAAACAGGGACUCGUAAAUUGCUGCAGAUGGACAGCGGCUACGCAUCGAUAGAGGCUCCAUCUCGUGGUCCAGAAGACUUGCGACUGUUUGGGAGCAGCAGCAGCAGUGGCAGCCCUAAGGACAGAACAGCCCAUGAGAAAAGGCACCACUUCACCAGUGCAGGGCGAACUGGCACUAUCGGUGAGAGCUUUGAGUCUCAUCUCUUCGAGGAGGAGCCGGAAGAUGAGCUGUUACUGGGCGCCAGUGGAGGAGUUACCAUAGAAACUGGUGCUGAUUCACUGAGCUGGUUCCCAUACGGUCAGAUGCUCACACCUCGAGAGGCUGCACAGCCCUCACCUCAACUUCCAACCCUGCACCGGAGAGACUACAGCAUAGACGAGAAGACGGACGCGCUCUUCCACGAAUUUCUCCGCCACGACCCUCAAUUUGACCAGCAGGAGUCGCCACUGAGGAAGCACCGGUCCAGAAUCCACCUUCGUAAACAGUGGCAGCGGCACAAGCAGUGGAGCGACCCUGGUGUCAGACACUUUCAGUCCUCUUUUGAGAGACAACGAACCCCGCUACGGAGGGGCGACAGUGUUAACUACCCACUGGACACAAGCUACCACAGCACGCUCCCCCGCAUUGUCAGUGCACCUGAUGAGGAGACCAGCGACAGCAGCGCUCCUGAAACUCCGAAGAUAGAGCCUACGACUAUCAAGGAUGGGGGGAAGGAGAGGGAGCAGGGUGUCACUGUCAGAGACUCUGAGGACCACGCCUCAUCUUCUACCCCACCUCUGAGUGAGCAUCCUGACCCUCAGGAGGACAGCAAACAGUCUGGACUCCCUCCCGAGCCCUUGGAUGAGCGCUCGCCCCCUCCUCAGCUGCCCGACUCGUCAGGCUAUGGCCCGCAAACCAUCACAGCAGAGCUCACAGACAAACUGACUGCUAACCUAGAUGACAGGCUGUACAUGGGCCUUCGCAGGACCAAGGACACAGCAACUGAGUGUGUGUCGGUGACGGCCACACAUGCUUCUCCGGACCACAGCCCAGUGUAGC